UUUCGGGGCGGAAGGGCAGGGGCUCCCGGGUGGAAGGGGGGGGUCAAAGGAAACGGUCAGUUAUCCCCCACGAAGGAAAAGGGGGUGCCGUCCUCUCCCUCCCGUGGCCUCAGUUGCCUCCUCCCCCCGCCCGUGCACACCCUUCCACCUUCUUCGGGGUCUCCCCCCCCUUGUUGCUAAGGCCCGGACCGUCAUCCCGGCAACAGCCUCAGUCAUGUGACCGGCAAUGGCGGCGCUGACGAGAGUCAAGAAAUUGAGGUCACACCAAUGGCCCCUCUUUCUGAUUGAGCUGCACUUGGAGGUGUGGGAACAGCCCUGUAGCUGGAUGUGACAGGACUCUGGGGAAACGUCAGACCCCUCCAGCUGAGCCCCUGGCUCUGGUCAGCUGGGUGUGGAAGUAGAGGGAUUUCUGCUACUACCAUCGUCCAUGGACUUUUCAGGUCACACAUCCUACAAGUAGCAAGCAGGGAAAGAAAGAGUGAGCCUGCAUGCCAAUUUUAAGCUCUUCAGGAUCAAAUGUCGUUCGUCCUGUCCAGAAUGGCAGCCUGUGGAGGCACCUGCAAGAACAAAGUGACUGUCUCCAAGCCUGUGUGGGACUUCUUGAGCAAGGAGACCCCAGCCCGGCUGGCCCGGCUUCGGGAGGAGCACCGAGUGUCCAUCCUCAUAGAUGGCGAGACUUCUGACAUCUAUGUUCUCCAGCUUUCCCCACAGGGCCCUCCCCCGGCCCCUCCCAAUGGGCUCUAUCUGGCCCGGAAGGCUCUCAAGGGGCUGUUGAAAGAGGCUGAGAAGGAGCUGAAGAAAGCUCAGAGGCAGGGGGAGCUCAUGGGUUGUCUGGCUUUGGGGGGGGGUGGGGAGCACCCUGAGCUGCAUCGCCCAGGCCCACCUCCUCUCCGAGCAGCCCCGCUCCUGCCCCCAGGGGCAAGAGGGCUCCCCCCUCCUCCUCCUCCUCUGCCCCCUCCUCUUCCUCCCCGUCUUCGGGAGGAGACCGAAGAGCAGGAGAGCACCUGCCCCAUCUGCCUAGGGGAGAUACAAAACGCCAAGACCUUGGAGAAGUGUCGGCACUCAUUCUGCGAGGGCUGCAUCACUCGUGCCCUGCAGGUGAAAAAGGCCUGCCCCAUGUGUGGCCGCUUCUAUGGGCAGCUGGUGGGCAACCAGCCCCAGAAUGGGCGGAUGCUAGUCUCCAAGGAUGCCACCCUCCUACUGCCCAGCUAUGAGAAGUACGGCACCAUUGUCAUCCAGUACGUCUUCCCGCCCGGUGUCCAGGGGGCUGAACACCCAAACCCAGGAGUUCGGUAUCCUGGCACCACACGGGUGGCCUACCUCCCGGACUGCCCUGAGGGCAACAAGGUGCUGACCCUGUUCCGAAAGGCAUUUGACCAGCGGCUCACCUUCACUAUCGGCACGUCCAUGACCACAGGGAGGCCGAAUGUCAUCACCUGGAAUGACAUCCACCACAAGACCAGCUGCACAGGGGGACCCCAACUGUUUGGGUAUCCAGACCCCACCUACCUGACCCGGGUCCAAGAGGAACUGAGAGCCAAGGGCAUCACAGAUGACUGAAGGACAUCCCCUUUGCCAAGGUCCCUGCUGUCCUCCUCUACUAGGAUCCAGUGGAAGCCUCUGUUCUCCUCUCUCCCUUUGCCCCCACACCCACCAAGUAGGGGAUCUGUCUGUCUUGGGAGGGAGUUCGGAGGGGAAGGGGGCAACCCCUUUCCCUGUCCCCCAUUGGGCAAAUGCUUCGGUGCCCUGUGAUGCACCCUCCUCUAGCAGAGGCUGGUCUUCAAGGCUCUGCUCCCUGCCUCCUGUGUACAUACUCCCUGUUCGGCCCCUCCCGUGCCCUGGGCUUUUCCUGGUAUGUGCUGUGCUCCAGUGACUAAGCUGAGAAAGGACCUGGGUGGGGAGGCUGGGCUCUCUUGAACUCCAGCCCCUAAAUACUACUCCCCUUCGGACUGAGUUGAGCCCUCCACCCCACGGAGCCAGCUGUGUGUUCAUAAGCUAACAGUCCUCCUACCUUACUUAACCUUGUCCUUUCUCUCCUGUCUCUGUCAGUCUCUGUCUUUAUCUUGCUCUUCUCUGCCCCCUAUAAGGAGCCUCCUUACCCUGUUCUGGAAUCGCUGCCAGACUGUAGCUUUUAAUUUAAUAAAAAUAAAGUAAAAUAUGCAACUCUA